AUGAGAUGGUGGCCCGCUCGCCUCUGCAUUUCCGCUUCCCUUGCGUUGCUCUUUUGGAGUAUAUGCGCGCAUUCGGCGGCGGCAGCUACAAAUGGCUCCCCCUUACUUGGUUCGGAGAGCCCAUAUGGCUCUUUGGGUGCUCCUACGGAGACCAGCGUCAAUCAGCUGGCCGACGGGACCCUCAGUUACCGCACAGAUAUGCUUGAUGACGAGUUCAUCCCUCUCGCCCAUGCCACCCCUCAUGCAAUUCACGCCCAAACACCUUCUAUGCAACAGCAGCAGCAGCAACCUUUGCAUGUGGAGCGGCACGUGAUCGUGUUGGGGGAGGAGCGGCCUCGGGUUCCUGUAUUGAGGGGUCGGGGUUUCUUUAUAUUGGGUCUGUUGAUGUUGGCAAUGUGUCUGUCAGCAAUCCACAGCAACCCCGAUGCCAAGUCAUCCAGCUUCCUUCAAGGCGUCUCUUCAAGCGCACGAAAUGUAGCACAAUUCAAAGACCUCGCUCGCAGCCUAUUUGUGCUGCUCACUGCAGCAGCAUCUCCGCUGCUGAUUGGCUGGGGCAUCAAACGCCUCGUUAAGACCCUCCCUGCAUACCUCAAAUGGGCAAAAGAAAACGACGAAUUUGGCAUUGGCCAGCUCGUCAUCGUACUCCUGUACACCUGGAUGUUCUUCUUCGACCCCGCAGGGAAUUAA